AUGGAUGCAAAGAGGUUGCAGGAGAAGGCUGCUGGAGGCAAUGACGAUGGCGACAAUGACUCAGAUAUUGAUGUGCCUGCGCCAGGCCCGACACGUCGUGAAGCACUACAGGCUACCUUAACAUUGAGGAAAUACCUUGGGACCUUCGACGAACCAUUUGCGCGCAAGCUCGAGGUGAUGUUAGGGUCGUUUGGACAGCAGACUCUUGCAGUCAAAAUGCAGGGCAUGAAGGACACG